AUGAGCGGUCGAGGAGACGCUGGGCUGCCUCCCCAGGCAAACCUUCGGGUUACAAUCAUCGCCGCCGACGGCCUGUAUAAGCGAGAUGUCUUCAGAUUUCCCGACCCUUUCGCUGUGGCUACUAUCAAUGGUGAACAGACCAAGACGACCGCCGUGUCCAAACGGACACUCAACCCUUACUGGAAUGAGAGCUUCGACUUUCGAGUCAACGAGGACAGUAUCCUCGCGGUCCAGGUGUUUGACCAGAAGAAGUUCAAGAAGAAGGAUCAAGGCUUCCUUGGCGUGAUCAAUAUCCGUAUCGGGGAUAUUAUCGAACUUGCUCCAGAUGCCGACGAUCAAAUGCUCACCCGGGAUCUCAAAAAGUCUACUGAUAACCUAGCAGCGACCCAGAAUGCCAAUGCCCAGACCAUGAUGCAUACGGGAGCUACGAGCCCUGGAACGGGCGAACUGCCGCCGGGAUGGGAGCAGAGGUGGACACCCGAGGGCAGACCCUACUUCGUUGACCAUAAUACGCGCACAACUACAUGGGUUGACCCUCGCCGACAGCAGUAUAUCCGCAUGUAUGGCCAAAACAACACCAAUGGAACCAUCCAACAGCAGCCGGUGUCACAGUUGGGGCCACUACCUAGUGGGUGGGAGAUGCGGCUCACUAACACUGCCCGUGUCUACUUCGUCGAUCACAACACUAAGACGACAACCUGGGAUGAUCCUAGACUGCCGUCUUCUCUGGACCAGAACGUACCGCAGUACAAGCGAGACUUCCGUAGGAAGCUCAUUUACUUCCGGUCACAACCUGCCAUGCGCAUCCUCUCCGGACAAUGCCACAUCAAAGUGCGAAGAUCGCACAUUUUCGAGGAUUCCUUUGCCGAGAUUUCUCGCCAAUCUGCUACUGAUUUGAAGAAGCGACUAAUGAUCAAGUUUGACGGAGAGGACGGUCUCGACUACGGUGGUCUCUCAAGAGAAUUCUUCUUCCUCCUUUCUCACGAGAUGUUCAACCCCUUCUACUGCUUGUUCGAGUACUCUGCCCACGACAACUACACCCUACAAAUCAACCCUCACUCGGGUAUCAACCCAGAGCAUCUUAAUUAUUUCAAAUUCAUUGGCCGUGUUGUUGGUCUUGCCAUUUUCCACAGGCGUUUCUUGGAUGCCUUCUUCAUUGGAGCGCUGUACAAGAUGAUCCUUGGAAAAUCAGUCCAGCUCGCUGAUAUGGAGGGUGUGGAUGCUGAUUUCCACCGUUCACUACAAUGGAUGCUGGACAAUGAUAUUUCUGGAGGAAUCCUCGAGCAAACAUUCUCCACCGAGGAUGAGCGAUUUGGUGUCAUCACAGUUGAGGAUCUGAUCCCCAAUGGCCGUAACAUCGAUGUGACCAACGAGAACAAGAAGGAGUAUGUUGAUCUCAUGGUGAAGUGGCGCAUUGAGAAGCGCAUUGCCGAGCAGUUCCAGGCCUUUAAGGAAGGUUUCCAUGAGCUCAUUCCUCAAGAUCUCAUCAAUGUCUUUGAUGAGCGUGAGUUGGAGCUGCUCAUUGGUGGUAUUGCUGAGAUCGACGUCGAUGACUGGAAGAAGCACACCGAUUAUCGUGGGUACACUGAAAGCGACGAGGUCAUUCAAUACUUCUGGCAAACAAUCCGAAGCUGGGACGGCGAGCAGAAGAGUCGUCUUUUGCAAUUUGCUACUGGCACGUCCCGUAUCCCUGUCAACGGAUUCAAGGAUCUACAAGGAAGUGACGGACCGAGACGUUUCACGAUUGAGAAGGCUGGAGAAAUCACGAACCUGCCAAAGGCGCACACCUGUUUCAACCGUCUAGAUCUGCCACCGUACAAGAAUCUCGACAUGCUACAGGGGAAGUUGACGAUUGCUGUGGAAGAGACGAUGGGUUUCGGACAGGAGUAA